AUGGCUACCGAGAUCGAGCCGGCGGAGAUCCCUCCUGUGCUGGGAGUCCUCCCAGCAUACGGACAGGAUAGAGAAACCCACCUGAAGAUGGUUCCACGUGCCGAUGGUGCUCGCGCUCGGUUAGAUCCGAACGUCACCCUCGAGGAGUACAUGUACUGGGCCAAUAUUGAGCGUCAGCUGGAAGAGGAGGAGAACCGCCAGUACGUGCUGGAGCGCGGGCCUCUGACCGUCGGCAAGGUCAUUCAGAACCGUUUCUCGAAGGGCGUUCACCAUGACCAUGAUAAGAAAGGCGCCCACAAUAGCCCGCAGAUUGAUGGUGAAAAGGGCAUGGUCGCAUCUACUCCCUCGGACUCGUCCUUAGCUGUCACCGAUGAGGAAUGGAGAACUGCAUCUCGCGCCCUCCGAACAGCAAGUUGGGGUACCGUCUUCUAUUUGAUCACCACCGACGUGCUGGGCUGGGCAAACGCACCAUUCGUCUUUGCAAGUGUGGGAUACGGUCCGGCCGUGGCUUUGUUCAUUGUAUUCGGUUGCUUCGCUGGCUUCAGUGGCUGGAUUUUGUGGAAGGUGUUUCUAGAGCUCGACUCGACCCGCUACCCCUUGAUCAAUUUCGGUGACACCUACUAUCGUGUUUUUGGAGCUUGGAGUCGUCAUGUGGUCAACAUCGGACAGUCGUUGCAGCUGCUGAUGUCGGUGUCCGUUCUGGUUCUGGGUAACGGCCAGAUCCUGUCGCAGCUGUCCAAUGAGAGUGUGUGUUUUGUGGCGUGUAUGAUAAUCAUGAUGGUCAUCGGCAUGGUCUGUGGAAGCAUUCGGUCCUUGCAGCGUCUCGGAUGGCUGACCAACGCUGCCGUGUGGUUGAAUAUCGCGGACUUCGUCAUGAUCAUGGUCGCGGCAGGUGGCCACUUUGGUAUCGACUAUGAAGCCGUCAUCUCGUCCACAUUGAUCAAGGUCGUCGAGCCCGUCAAGGUCUUCGCUGGACCGCCGCCCGACCAGUAUCAGAUUCAGGCGACGGGGUUCUCGGGACAGUUCACUGGUGUCGACCAGAUGGUUUACAGCUAUGGAGGUGCUAUUCUAUUCGUUGCCUUUUUGGCUGAAAUGCGCCAUCCAUGGGACUUCUGGAAGGGACUGUUGUGCGCCCAGUUGUUCAUUUGUUUUGUCUACAUCUUCUUCGGUGCCUUUGUCUACAGUUUCUACGGCCAAUACUCCAUCUCCAACCUUUACAACGUAGUUGAGCCGAAAGGUCUACAGAUGGCAGUAAAUAUAGUCUACUUUUUAACAUCCAUUAUCGCUUGCAUUCUCUACUUCAACAUCGGCAUGAAGAGCAUCUACCAACAAGUCUUCAUGGAGCUUCUCAACUUCCCAGACAUCUCCACCAAACGCGGCCGCUUGCUCUGGUACGGUCUGGGCCCAAUUUACUGGGUGAUCGCCUUUGUCAUCGCCGCUGCCGUGCCAAAUUUUAGUGGAAUCUCCAGCAUGGUUGGUGCGGCCCUAAUCCUCAACUUCACGUACACUUUACCAGGUAUCCUAUACGUUGGCUUCCGAUGCCAGAAGGAUGCUGCGCUGCCUGGAGAAGGUUAUGACCCUGCGACAGGCGUGACGGCACGCCAUGAUUCAGGCAUGCAGCGGUAUAUCCGUGGAUUUAAGAAGCACUGGGUGCUGAAUCUGUUUUGUAUCUUCUAUUUCUGCGGUGGGCUCGCAUGCUCUGGCAUGGGCAUGUGGGCUGCCAUUGAAAGUUUAGUUGAGGUGUUUGGGCCGGGUGGUACGGUGGCUACGUCUUUUGGAUGUGCUGCGCCUGUUUAG